CCUAGGAUGCUGCUGUGGAUUGCUGGCGUUUGCCUUCUGCCAGCGUUUGUGCAAGCGGCCAACAUCCUCUGCCUAACGCCCGUCCCUAGCCCAAGUCAUCACAUAUGGAACCGUGUGUGGAUCGAGGCUCUGGCCUCGCGAGGACACAAUCUAACCGUGGUCUCGGCGGACGUGGACCGGAAGCCUCAUCCCAACGUUACGUACAUUCACCUUGAACAGGCGUACACCGAUUUGCAUGACGAACUCGACCUGUUCGAGAUGGCCGACCGGAGUGCAUUGCUUGGCAUUCGCGAUCUGUACACCUGGGGCUCGGCAAUGUGCACGGGUGUGCUACGCUCGAACGGUCUCCGCACGAUACGAGCGUACCCGGACGAAUUCCAAUUCGAUCUCGUCAUCGCCGACGUUACCUGCGGGCCGUGUCUGUUUCCGCUCAUACACCGUUUCGGCUAUCCACCCCUGAUUGCCGUGACGGCGUUCAACAAUCCUCAGUUCACAACGGAUUUCGUCGGUGGCCACAAACACUACGCGUACGUGCCGUUUUUCACAGUCAACUACGAUUCGGACAUGAACAUAUGGCAGCGGUUCUACAACUGGGUGCUGCACAACGUCGAUCACUGGUAUCGACAUCGCGUGUUCCUACCAAAAAUAGAGCGAAUGGCACGGGAACACUUCCGGUACGACGGCAUGAUUCCGUUGGAGGAAAUGGAACGCCGGACCUACCUGUUGCUGGCAAACUUCCACUACUCCGUCGAUUUCGCCGAAUCCAUUCCGCCGAGCCACAUACCGGUGGGUGGCCUCCAGAUACUGCCCGCAAAGCCACUGUCCGCCGAGCUGACACGGUUCAUUGCCGCCGGUCCGGAAGGGGCGAUCCUUUUCUCGCUCGGCACGAACGUGCGCAGUGCCGACCUAGGCGAGACCCGUAUCGGGAUGUUUCUCGAAGCGUUCCGGCAGCUGCCGCAGUUCCAUUUCGUGUGGAAGUUCGAGAGCAACCCAAACUUUUCCAUACCUCCUAACGUGCUGAUCAAGAGUUUUCUGCCGCAGAACGACAUUCUGGCGCACCCGAAUGUCGUAGCGUUUAUCACGCACGGCGGCAUGCUGAGUACGCACGAAGCCACCUGGCACGGGGUUCCGAUGAUUGGCAUUCCGUUCAUCUGCGAUCAAUAUCGGAACCUACACAAAUCCGUGACGGCUGGCGUUGCACUCCGGCUGGAUCAGCAUUCUUUGUCGACGGAGAAAAUCAAACGUGCCGUCCUGGAGCUGACCGGUGACACCCGGUACCGAGAGAGGAUGCGCCAGCGCUCGGCGCUUCUCCGCGAUCAACCGGAGCACCCGCUGGACCGGGCUGUGUGGUGGAUCGAGUGGGCCUUACGCCACCCGGACGCCGGCGCAAUUCAGUCGCCCACGAAGCGCAUGUCCGUGUGGCAGUCCGAGCUGUACGAUGUAAAGCUGCUGCUGCUCCUAGCGAUCGUGCUCCUGGUGUACCAAACCGGCCGGAUACUGUCACGCUGCGUGCGGUGGGCUGCGAUUAUUCUACCGGCUGGGAAAAAAACCAACUAACACAAUAAACGAUGGCCAACGGUGCUUCGGGCGGAGCGUGUAUCAUUACAAUCUCGCCAACUCACGCGUGUGAUCACGCGAACCGUAUCUCUUCCGUCAACUAUCAAGCACUUCAUGUGGUGCCUUUUCUCCGCUUGAAUGGCGAAUCGUUGAUA